AUGAUUGACGAUAUACCAGAAACGGGCGCCGUCUUCACCUUCGGCAGAUCUCAUUUUGCGGACAAUGAGCCGAGUCAUUUCUUCAUUAAGAACGAUCCAAUUGUCGCUAUAUCCUGUGGGGAUGAACAUAGUGCUGUUAUAUGCCAGAACGGUCGUGUGUUUGUAUUCGGUGCAAAUGCUUGGGGCCAACUGGGCUUGGGACAUAAGGACGAAGUGACAAGACCCAGUUGUGUCAAAUGGCUCAAACCCCAUCGGACUAUGUUCGUCGCUUGCGGGCGCGCGCAUACUAUAUUUGUUACAGAUACGAACGCGAUAUACUCUGUGGGUUGUAAUGAUGAGGGGCAGCUUGGGACGGGGGACAUGGAGCAACACACUGUCCCACAAUAUAUAGAGCUGGAAGUCGAACGGCCAAUCAGACAAGUGUCGGCCGGAAGUAACCAUACAGCAAUACUUACAGAUGACGGGCGGGUUUUCAUGUGCGGGUCCAACACCGAAGGUCAGCUCGGUUUGGGUGAAGACACACGCCACUGUCUGAAGUUCACUGAACUCAAGUUUAUGGAGAAGAUCUCUUUCGUCGAAUGCGGUUACUACCACACCGUGUUUAUAACUGAAAAAGGCGCCGUGUUCGUAACUGGCGACAACGAAAACGAAAAGUUGGGAAUUUCGCACGCAACCACCGUCUUCGCCCCUCAAGUCCUGCCUAUCCCUACAGGAAUAAAAAGCGCGUGUUGCGGUGCGAAUCACACGUUUCUCUUGUCUAUGGACGAGACGAAAAUAUUCGCGUUCGGUUCGAACCAGAAUGGACAGCUGGGCAUGCCUAAAAGCACAGAGUUCGUGAGAGAGCCGACGGAAAUCAAUAUGGACAAAAUGUUCGAUGGUUACCAGUUGAAAUUGGUUGCGUGUGGAGCUAUGCACACUGCUUUUGUCACAGACAAUGGGUUGCUCUACACGUGCGGCGAGUCGCGCCACAACAAACUCUGUUUGGACGAAAUCGACGCCGACAACUCGCACGAUUUCCCUAAUCAAUACACACCGAAGCGGGUCAGCGCUAUGAAUGGCUUCAUUGUCGACAAUGUGGCAUGCGGCGGGUGCCACACGCUACUAACGGCCACUAAGGGUUCCAACGCCGACUUCACAAACAACGACUUCAUCGUCAACCAACCGAGACCCGUAUCCAUAACAGAACUACCUCCAUUACAAAAAGUACCCGUUAUGAAAGAAGAGAAAACUGACACGCCUAAACCCGACGAGACCACAAAUCGAGAUGACAUCGCGUCUAUCGAUUCGUUAGAAGCUAACGUAAGUGGCUCGCAUAUUGUCAAUAUAAACGAUCUCGAAACUAACAGUAUUCAUGAUAUACCAGACUUAAAAGAGGAUGUACAAGACAAGACAGAUGACACUAUAGAAAAUGUAAUCGCCACAGCAAAUACUAGUGUCGAAACUGCUGUGGAAAAAGCAGAUGCGUCUAUUGAGGACAUGACAUCGACUGUAGAAAAAGGUAUGACGGAAAUAGCUGAGAAAGCUGUAAUUACAAAAGAUAAAUUACUGGAAGACGUGAAACACGCAGCGGACAAACCGAAUGAACAAAUCGAAAGUAUCGUGCACACAGUUAAAGAAACUACGGGUAGUAAUAUCAAACAGGUAGAAGAAGUAUUCACUAAGACAGUAGCAAAUAUAGACCCUGGUUUCCAUUGUGAGAAGAAAUUGGAGGUUCCAGAUAAGCGGACAGAGGUGACUAACUCGCCACCACCAAAAACUCCCAUCAUCCAGGAUCUAUUGGAUAUUCCGGACAUCUCCCAUAUGAGUCCGAAUUUAAGUAAACACAGUGACGAAAAGAGUGAAGGUGGUCAAUCUGAGAACGAAACUAUACCAUGUGGGUCUGACAAGUCGAGUCCUGCUAAAACGAAAACUCAAGCGGUUAUGCCAAUCGUAAGGAGUGAGGACCAUAUUGACCAGGAAGAUGUGGUGGUAAAUAAGGAGGAGAAGGGUCGUUUUUCUCGCAUAUUCCAAUCGAUACGAGAUAAGGAAAACUCUUGUAUGGGUAAAGGGAAAGUCAUUGAGGAAACUGUCACUGAGAACGUACACAAAGGCAUAGACGGUGCAGAGGAGACAAUUCACAAAAUGGAGGAAACAGUUGAAACAGAAAUACGCAACCAAACAAACUCAAGAACGUGCAACAUUCUAUAG